AAUGUAUAAAAUUGUUAAUUUAAACUGCUUUAUAGAAUUAAAUGAAGUUCCCACAUUUCCCAGUGAUACAGUACAAAAUUUAAGAAAAGCCGUUCUUGCUCCCAUGCUAUACAAGCCAAAUAUUCUACAAGCUUUACAAACGAUAAAUUUUAAAUUUCAUAGGAAUUGCAGUGUCUCAAAUUUAUUAAGGGACUGUGAUGUUGCGGAAGAACAAACAUUGUUAAUGUUUUGGGGCUCGAGAAGUUCAGAUAGCAGAGUAACAAUAAGCAUGUCUGCUUCUAGCUGCUCAUCGCUUCAUGCACCCGCUAAUGUUAACAACACGAGUUCACAAAGAGACAGAGAUUUGCGUUCAGUUGCACUGCAAACCGACAUUAGCUUGCGCUACUCUCCAGGCAUUGGAUCACCAGUAAACCUAACUGAAAGUGAGGAGCAGCGACUGCUGCGCGCUCGCAUCGCUGAUUCUCUGACCUUCUCUUCACCUGCGUCGUCGAUCCUACAGCCAACUAGACGGUCUAUGUCUAUACUUGGCUCGGUUUGCGCUCUACUGCUUAAUAAAAGGGGAUCAGACGCAAAAGAGGUGUCGGGCAUAUCCGGUAGUCACUCCGAUAACAUAUGUCGGAUCUGCUUCGGGGGAGAGUCGGCGGAACGUCUGGUGCGGCCGUGCUCGUGCCGCGGGACCAUCGCCGCCGUGCAUCGCACCUGCCUCGAGCGCUGGUUGCUGCAAGCCGCCACGUCCUACUGCGAGCUGUGUCGACACCACUACGUAGUCACUCGCAGUCACAAGUGGUCGUGGGCGCGCUCGCUGGUGGAGUGGGCGCGCUCGGGGCGCGGGCGCGCGCUGGCGGCGGACGCGUGGCGCGGCGCGGCGCUGGGCGCGGCGUCCGUGCUCGGUACGGCGCGCGCGCUGCACGCGUGCGACGCGGCGCUGCAGGCGGGCGCGCGGCGCGGCGGCGGCGCGGCUCUCGCGGCCAACCUCUUCUCGUCGCUGCUCAUCGGGAUCAUCGGUGCACUCAACGGCCUGCUGACGACGUGGAUGCUGCUCAAAAUCCAGGAGCACCAGAUGUCGUGGCGCGCGUGGCGCGACGGCACACUGCACGUGCGUGUGGCUUUGGGGGAGUCUCCCACUCCCAGUGCCAAUUCACUCGCUACGGUGGUGCCCGAGCGAGAUUCAGAUAUCCACCAGGACCCGUCGGGAGUUACUGAUCGAUCCACCAAUAUUGCAGACCCCUUCAUAGUCGCCCUACCCUACACGCUCCCGGAGCCGUGAAUACCGUAUAUUUUAAGCUAUAUGCUGAAUAAAAUACCCUUAUUACGAUAAUGUCCCAAAUGUUCAUGUACUUGGUAGUAUCGACUGGUGCCUUCGCAAUACUACUAAUAUCGAUACUGUUGGCGAGACAAAUGCGAUCACUGUCAACUCGUUAAAAACAAUUACAAUGAUUAGUA